CAUUAAUGUACCAACAUAAAAUGUUGGUAUAAUGCUAAUUUUUGUUAACGCAUCAAGAUUUUGUGUCUCUGUAAAUUUUUAUUAUCAAAUUAACACUUUGUCUCAAAGCAUGAGUGUGAAAGUGUGAACAUGUACUUUUGGGACAUGUAGAUGCUCUUCUUCGAAAUCGCUGUGUGAUUUUCUAACCCGCCAUGGCUUCAUAUCUCCUUCAACUUCCACUCCUCCGACCCUCGUCCUCAUUCUGCUCUACCGAUGGAACAAAACGCUCUUUCCCGCAUGCGGCCUUCUUAUCCGUCAAUCUUUCGAGCUUAGCAAAUCGCAGGAAUACCAGAACGAGCCAUGGCGGGUGGAGGAGGAGGAGAAGAAGUAGCAGGCUCUCUGUAGGAAGACCUAUUUAUGAGGAUGAUGUUAGCUCUUCUUCCUCAACCAUCACCGCAACCCAAGAGAAUGGAGCUUACGAUGAGGAUUUGGAGGAACCAGAUCCCGAAGUCCUUGAAUACGUCUCUCAAAUCAAAAGAGUUUUGGAGCUCCUCAGGAAGAAUAGGGAUAUGCUGUUUGGUGAGGUAAAGUUGACCAUAAUGAUUGAAGACCCCAGGGAUGUAGAGCGGAGGAGGAUGCUUGGCAUUGAUGAUGAUAAUGCUCCAAGUAGAGAUGACAUGGCUGCUGCUCUUGAAGAAAUAAAUGAAGGGAGGAUUCCUAAGAAUCGCCUUGUUCUUAAGAUGCUGGCAGAAGAAUUGACUUCAUGGCCUAAUUUGGAGAAUGUAGCCCCGAAGAAACAGAGGCCUGGAAGAUCUAUGUAUGCCCGAGCCACUGACACUGGUGUUGAUCCAAAAGAGGCUAGUCGGAGGCUCAAACUUGAUUGGGAUUCAGCAGCGGAGAUUGAGGAAGCCGAUGAGGAGCUUGAUGACACAGAAGUGCCUCCAGCUGUGGGAUAUGGAGCUCUGUACUUGAUUACUGCAUUUCCAAUUAUCAUUGGUAUCUCAGUUGUGUUGGUUUUAUUUUACAAUUCCUUGCAGUAAAAACACAUUCUCAGUAUUCAACUUUUGUCUCAGCUGUGGACUUAUUACCUAUGCUAACCUUGAGAGAUUGUAUAGUGCAAAGGUUUAUAGUGAUCAAUGUGUUUAGUUUACUGUGUACAUCUUGUUUACUUCACCACAAAAAAAACAAACAUUUAUUUUCAUUUCGCCAUUUUCUGAACUUUACUGGCACAUUU